AGAGAGAGGGAGAGAAACGGGGUGUUGCCGCCUCUGAGACUCGCGCAUCUCUGAGUAACAGCAGCAGCAGGGCGACGAACACAACACUCCAUCCUUCUCUCUGGGAAAAAAACAACCACUGCCGUUUCUUAAAUAAUUAACGCCGUACAAGACCUCCUGCAUUUUUAAACACAAUCAAAGCCGAGUCCUUGUGGAGAUAUACUGCACGGUGUCACCGGGAGAGAAGAAAGCGGGCGGAGAGCUUCAGCACCUCGGACAGAGAACAUGGCUCCAAUGGUGGAGGAAGGGGCUCAGCUCGUGGCAGUGCCAGUAGGUGUUGCUGUGGUGAGUGUCUUCGGCCUUGUCUUCACUGUGUCAGCCUUUGCAUGGAUCUGUUGCCAGCGUAAAAACACCAAAUCCCAGAAGACACCUCCCUAUAAGUUUGUGCACAUGCUCAAAGGGGUCGACAUCUACCCGGAGAGCCUCAGCGGUAAGAAGAAGUUUGCUGCGGCUGCCACCACCUCGAGUAACGACUCCAGUAAAACUGAUGUUAACGGGAACUGCCACACUGCCACCACAUUGAAUCCGACCACCACCGGUAAACUGGCCUCAAGUCCAAACGGAUCCAAACCGGAACUGCAUCUGGAUCUGGAGAAACGGGAUCUGAAUGGAAACUUCACCACCAAACCAUUUCAUCACCACCACCAGAAGGUGCGCAGCUCCCCGGACCUUGAGCUGCCUUCUCCCCUUGCUGGAUUCACACAACCUGGGGUGACGGACCACCGUGACAUCCCCUCACCAUCCAGCACCCUCUCCAGUCAGGCACCCACCCCGGCUGUAGACAAGCCCCAUGGAGAGGAGAGGGAUGCUGGGCUGGGGACCCUCCACUUCUCCCUGGAAUACCAGCCGGAGAAAAAGGCCUUCAUCGUCCAUAUCAAGGAAGCCCAUGGCCUGACCCCGACUGAUGAGCAGUCCCUGACCUCUGACCCUUACAUCAAGCUGACCCUGCUGCCGGAGAAGAAGCACCGUGUGAAGACCAGGGUCCUGAGGAAGACGCUGGACCCCGCCUUUGACGAGACCUUCAGCUUCUACGGGAUCCCGCUGGCCCGAGUGUCGGAGUUGUCCCUCCACUUCAUGGUGCUGAGUUUCGACAGGUUCUCCCGUGAUGAGGUCAUCGGAGAGACCCUCGUACCCUUGUCUGGGAUCGACUUAUCCGAGGGGCGCGUGCUGAUGAGCCGGGAGAUCAUCAAGAAAAAUGUCAAGAAGUCCUCAGGUCGAGGGGAGCUGCUUCUCUCCCUGUGCUACCAGUCCACCACCAACACGCUGACCGUGGUCGUCCUCAAGGCUCGCCACCUGCCCAAGACUGAAAACAAUGGACCUACAGAUCCGUACGUCAAGGUGAACAUGUACCAGGGCAAGAAGCGCGUGUGUAAGAAGAAGACCCACGUGAAGAAGUGCUCCCCCAACCCGGUCUUCAACGAGCUCUUUGUCUUUGAUCUGCCCUCCGAAGAGGGUCUGAGGGACACCAGCGUGGAGCUGCUGCUGAUGGACUCAGACAUGGGCACCUCCCGCUCCCCCAACACCGUCCUGGGGCGGGUGGUGCUGGGCACAUCGGUGGCAGGCACGUCUGGCGAGCACUGGAGGGAGAUCUGCGACCACCCGCGCCGCCAGAUCGCCAAAUGGCACGGUUUGUCGGAGGAUUAGAAAAGGUAUCUGAUCUGGUCCAACCACGAAAGGGAUGGAUUGAGGAUGAAACACAUUGGACUUUCAGUGAGGGCGGGUGGGAAACAAGGGGAGGGGCUUUGCUGUUGUUGGGGUGGUAGGGGGUCAUUUGAAGUGAUGUCAUCAUUCAAUCAAUCAUUCACUUAUCUUUGAAGUUAUCGGGGUUCGGCGGGGAGGGCGGGGCAUGACAAAGGGAACCCCGUAGCUCUAAACGAACCCAAAGACUGUCACGGAAAAUCACCUGGUAACAUGCAACAUUAUCUCCAUGGCAACAAUCAAUUGUCAAGGUAACAGUGUGCAGUGCAGAAUGUCUUAAAUGUUGCAAUUGCUCUUCUUCUUUAUCUCUUCUUCUUCUUCUUUUCUUCUUGUUCUUCUUCUUUCUUUCUUUGGCUAUUCCUCUUAUAAAUAGUAACCUAGUUCAUUGUAUGAAAACCAGAAUGAACCACAUCUGACAACGCUGUAAAAAAUGUGGAUUAUUAAAAGUUUAUUUUAUAACGACAAUGUUUUCUUCAUAAAGAUGUAGAUUGUUUUUAUUUAUGUUCUUGUUUUGUACUCUUAUGGUUGAUUUGUUGGACAUGUUUUGUAAGUAUAAGUGGUAUUUCAUAUAUGAUUACUUAUUGAGGACAAGACAGCCUAAAUUAGGUGGUUCGAGAAAAGACUAGAACAGACUGAGUGCACUGGGGACAGUUGGCUGUGUGUGUGUGUGUGUGUGUGUGUGUGUGUGUGUGUGUGUGUGCGCGUGUGUGUGUGUGUGUGUGUGUGUGUGUGUGUGUGUGUGUGUGUGUGUGUGUGUGUGUGUGUGUACGCUCUACAGAGAUGUAAGCCACAUAAUGUUUACUGUAGGUGUUGUGUCCCCCUUACUGUGAGCACAAAGACAGCUGAAAUGCAAAUGUAUGUACCUUACUAUAAAAUAUGGCAAGUUCUGAAAAAUAAAGACUUUGAAGUAUUUAUUUCACAAGCA